CGCGGAGCCGCCGCAGCCGUCCUGCCGCCGUCCGCGCGGGCCAUCCGUCCUCUCGGGGCCCCCGGGCCCCUGGCCCGCGGCUCUGGGGGGCGGGUGGGGCCCCUAGGGGCCCGCCUGCAGCCCAGGGGGCUCAGGACGACCCCGGCCGGGAGCGAGGGAGCGGUCCCCCGCGCGGCGCGCCCUGCUCCGGAAGCCGGGUCCGCGGCGCGCUGGGGCCGGGGCGGAGGCCGGAGCCGGGGGCCCCCGCCGGGCGCGGCGCUCGUGGGCAGCGCGCUGUGGCGAGUGGAGCGCGCGGGCGCGGGCGGCUGGCGCUGGGAGCGCGCCGUCGGAGUGGACUGCAGCGCCCCGGAGCCGCGCUGCGUCUGGCUGCCCUGCCUCGACCACUGCGACCACCGCGCCGGGCCGCGUCCGGCCAGGCUGCCACUGGGCCCUAGAGAUGGGUGCUACCCCGGCCGCCUCCUCCCCUGGCAGGGACCUCGGACUCUGCUGCUACACAAAAGUCUGCAGGAUGGCUUCGGCUUCACCCUGCGCCACUUCAUCGUGUACCCGCCUGAGUCGGCUGUGCACUGCAGCCUGAAGGAGGAAGAGAAUGGAGGCCAAGGAGGAGGGAGGGGACAAGGAGGAGGAGGAUCUUCCCCCCGGCACCGGCUGGAGCCCAUGGACACCAUCUUUGUCAAGAACGUGAAGGAUGAUGGCCCUGCCCAUAGGGCAGGGCUGCGGACAGGAGACCGACUGGUGAAGGUGAAUGGAGAGAGUGUCAUUGGGAAGACCUACUCCCAGGUCAUAGCUCUGAUCCAGAAUAGUGAUGACACCCUGGAGCUUUCCAUCAUGCCCAAGGAUGAGGACAUCCUCCAGCUGGCCUACUCCCAGGAUGCUUACCUGAAGGGGAACGAGCCUUAUUCUGGAGAGGCCCGGAGCAUCCCAGAGCCACCCCCACUUUGCUACCCUCGGAAGAGCUACGCCCCUCCAACACGGGUCUCCACCUGGGCCACUAUGGUCCCUGAGCCCCUCUCAGCACUACCCAUCGAUCCCCGGAGUCCUGCUGCCUGGAGCGACCCAGGGCCUCGAGUUCCAGCUACUACCCACACCCAUUUGGACAGCGUCUCCUUGGGGAUGAGCCAGCCCCGCCCCAGCCCUGGUGCCUUCCCCCACCUGUCCUCGGAGCCCCGGACACCCCGUGCCUUCCCAGAGUCUGGCAGCCGGGUGCCCCCCAGCAGACUGGAGUGCCAGCAGGCCUUGUCACACUGGCUGUCAAACCAGGUCCCCCGCAGGGCGGGGGAGAAACGGUGCCCUGCUAUGCCACCCCGGGUCCGCAGCGCCUCCCAGGACCGCUUGGAGGAUGUGACUGCCCACCGGCCCUGGCCCUGCUCCACCUCUCAGGGUGCCUUGAGCCAGCUGGGCCAGGAGGGCUGGCACCGAGCUCGCUCCGAUGACUACCUGAGCAGGGCCACCCGCUCAGCUGAGGCACUGGGGCCAGGGGCCCUGGUGUCACCCCGCUUCGAGCGCUGUGGCUGGGCUUCCCAGCACCCAUCAGCCCGAACCUCUGCCUGCCCACCAAGGGACCUGCCCGGGCCCCAGCCCACACCUGCACCUGGCCUUCAGGGUCUGGAUGACAUUGGGUACAUUGGAUACCGGAGCUACAGCCCAUCAUUCCAGCGCCGGACUGGCCUCCUGCAUGCACUCUCCUUCCGGGACUCACCCUUUGGGGGGCUGCCAACCUUCAGCUUGGCCCAGUCCUCUGCACCAUUCCCACCGGAAGCCUCUGAGGCACCUAGGGUUGUCCGGCCAGAGCCCAGCACCCAGGCCCUGGACCUGCCCUCUGAGGAUCGCCGUGAGGAGGUGGUCCUGAGGCAGAAGCCACCAACGGGCCGCAAGGUGCAACUGCCCCCUGCAAGACAGAUGAACCUGGGGUUUGGUGAUGAGUCUCCAGAGCCAGAGGCCAGUGGGCGAGGAGAACGCCUGGGCAAGAAGGUGGCUCCUCUGGCCACCACUGAAGACUCUCUGGCUUCCAUUCCCUUUAUUGAUGAGCCCACCAGCCCCAGCAUUGAUCUCCAAGCCAAGCACGUCCCUGCCUCUGCCGUGGUCUCCAGCGCCAUGAACUCAGCCCCUGUCCUGGGCACCAGCCCAUCCUCCCCAACCUUCACCUUUGCCCUCAGCCGCCAUUACUCCCAGGACUGCAGCAGCAUCAAGGCCAGCCGCCGUUCCUCCUACUUGCUGGCCAUUACCACGGAGCGCUCCAAGUCCUGUGACGAUGGGCUCAACACCUUCCGGGACGAGGGCAGGGCUCUGCGGCGCCUACCAAACCGGGUACCCAGCCUUCGGAUGCUUCGAAGCUUCUUCACCGAUGGGUCCUUAGAUAGCUGGGGCACUUCUGAAGAUGCCGAUGCUCCUUCCAAGCGCCACUCGACCUCUGACCUCUCGGAUGCAACCUUCAGCGAUAUCAGGAGAGAAGGCUGGUUGCAUUAUAAGCAGGUCCUCACCAAGAAGGGGAAGAAAGCGGGCGGCGGCCUGCGCCAGUGGAAGCGGGUGUAUGCCGCGCUGCGGGCGCGCUCGCUCUCCCUGAGCAAGGAGCGGCGGGAGCCCGGGCCUGCGGCUGCGGGGGCUGCUGCAGCCGCAGUGGCAGGUGAGGACGAGGCGGCGCCCGUCUGCAUCGGCUCCUGCCUGGUGGACAUCUCCUACAGCGAGACCAAAAGGAGGCACGUGUUCCGGCUGACCACCGCUGACUUCUGUGAAUAUCUCUUUCAGGCUGAGGACCGGGAUGACAUGCUGGGCUGGAUCAGAGCGAUCCGAGAGAACAGCAGGGCCGAGGGCGAGGACCCCGGCUAUGCCAACCAAGCUCUGAUCAGCAAGAAGCUUAAUGAUUACCGCAAAGUGAGCCAUAGCUCUGGGCCCAAAGCUGAUUCCUCCCCCAAAGGCUCUCGUGGUCUAGGGGGCCUCAAGUCUGAGUUCCUCAAACAGAGCGCAGUACGUGGCCUCUGGACACAGGACCAGUCUGCAGGGAGCAAGGAUGACAAUGCUGCCGCCCACAGAACUCCAUGGGGCAUUAACAUCAUCAAAAAGAACAAAAAGGCACCCCCCAGGGCAUUUGGGGUUCGGCUAGAGGAGUGCCAGCCGGCCACUGAGAACCAGCGUGUCCCCUUGAUUGUGGCUGCAUGUUGUCGCAUUGUGGAGACCCGGGGACUGGAGUCCACAGGCAUUUACCGAGUGCCAGGCAAUAACGCGGUCGUGUCCAGCCUGCAGGAGCAGCUCAACCGAGGACCCAGUGACAUCAACCUGCAGGAUGAGCGCUGGCAAGACCUCAAUGUGAUCAGCAGCCUGCUCAAGUCCUUCUUCCGAAAGCUACCAGAGCCCCUUUUCACCGACGACAAAUACAAUGACUUUAUUGAGGCCAAUCGCAUUGAAGACUCGAGGGAGCGGAUGAAGACGCUGCGGAAGCUGAUCCGGGAUCUCCCAGGCCACUACUAUGAAACCCUCAAAUUCCUUGUGGGCCAUUUGAAGACCAUUGCUGACCACUCGGAGAAAAACAAGAUGGAACCUCGCAACCUGGCCCUGGUCUUUGGACCGACAUUGGUCAGGACCUCUGAGGACAACAUGGCAGAUAUGGUGACACACAUGCCCGACCGCUACAAGAUCGUGGAGACGCUGAUCCAGCAUUCAGACUGGUUCUUCAGUGACAAGGAGGACAAGGGAGAGCGGACCCCUGUGGAUGACAAGGAACCUCAGUCAGUGCCCAACAUUGAAUACCUCCUGCCCAACAUUGGCAGGACAGUGCCUCCUGGUGACCAAGGUUCAGAUUCCACUGCCUGUAGUUCAGCCAAGUCCAAGGGCUCGUGGGCCGCCAAGAAGGAGCCGUACACCCGGGAGAUGCUGGCGAUCUCCUUCAUCUCCGCGGUCAACCGCAAGCGGAAGAAGCGGCGGGAGGCGCGGGGGCUGGGCAGCAGCACGGACGACGACUCCGAGCAGGAGGCGCACAAGCCCGGGGCGGUGGCGCCGGCGCCGGGGACCCUGGACCCGCCGGAGGGGCAGCUGCCCGGCGCCGCUGCCCCCGAGCCCCCCGGGCGCCUCAGCCCCCCGACGGCGCGGGAGGAGCGGCCGGCCGCGGACACGCGCUCCAUCGUCUCCGGCUACUCCACCCUGUCCACCAUGGACCGCAGCGUGUGCUCGGGCGCGGGGGCCCGGCGGGCGGGCGCGGGGGACGAGGCGGACGACGAGCGCAGCGAGCUGAGCCACGUGGAGACGGACACGGAGGGCGGCGCGGGGCCCGGGGGGCGGCCGGCGCGGCGGCCGUCCUUCAGCUCGCACCACCUGAUGCCCUGCGACACGCUGGCGCGGCGCCGCCUGUCCCGGAGCCGCCCCGACGGCGCGGGCGAGGGCGCGGGCGGCGGCGGCGGGGGCGGCGCGGGCUCGGCGUCGUCCAGCAGCCAGGAGUCGCUGCGCCCCCCGGCGGCCGCGGCGGUGGCGGCGCUGAGCUCGCGGCCGUCGCGCAUGGAGGCUCUGCGCCUGCGCCUCCGCGGCACCGCCGACGACAUGCUGGCAGUGAGGCUGCGGCGGCCGCUGUCGCCCGAGACGCGGCGGCGCCGGAGCAGCUGGCGGCGCCACACGGUAGUGGUGCAGAGCCCGCUCACCGACCUCAACUUCAACGAGUGGAAGGAGCUGGGCGGAGGGGGCGUCGCGGAGCCCGCGGGGCCCCGGGCGCACAGUGACAACAAGGACUCGGGCCUCAGCAGCCUGGAGUCCACCAAGGCGCGGGCCCCGUCGUCCGCGGCUUCGCUGCCUCCCGCGCCCGGGGACCCCGGGGCCCUGCAGAGCCAGCACCCGCGCCGCCCCGCCGCCCCCCGCCUCCACCAGUGUCUGUGACCGGCCCUCACCCGCUCCUGGAGGAAUUGGGUGUCACGCUGGCUUGCACGUCCUCUUCUGUGACCCCGGUGCCCAGCGCGCUGAUUGGGGGGGACCCGGGAACUGGACAGUGUGGGUGGGAGAGGAAGUGCGGGGGUGGGGCGGGGUUGUGUGUGUAGUCACUGUCCAGGCCUGUUUCCCCAAAACUUCUGCCAUUCCUGUGCCCCCUCCCCUCACACACCCCUGUCUUCGGUGCACACAAGGCUCCUCCCCAACCCAUUCAGAGAAGUAGUGGGGGUCGCUGCGGGAGCACAGAGGCGGGACUGAGAUUCUCAGCAGGCUUACCCGCUCCCGCCCCCAACCUUGUGGCAGCCUUCAAAUCACCCCCUCUUGAGUGCUUUGACCAUGGGGAGCUGCCUGGUUCUCAGACAGCUUGGGAAGUCAGGAUACACUCUGCUAGGUCUCCCUUGUUCUUCUUUCUUCUUACUCCUUUCUUUCUUCCAGAGGUGCCUGCUCCUUCUGUAACUUGGGCACACACACCCCUGCUUUCUUCCCUUUUGGGGGAGGAGGGGCCUAGGAAAGCAUCUCCUUUUGUCUGUCUCUCAAUCUCUCUCACACACACUGACUUUUAAGUUCUGAGCUGGGCUGUUCCUUUACCUUGGGCAGGACCCAGCCCCACUUCCUUCCUACACAUUGUAAAUAGACCCCCAAUCACCAGGCCUUCCCUCACAUCCUCACUCAUUCCAGGGAAGCCCACUGGGGUUGUGUGCCCCACUCUCACAUCACUCAGUCCUCUUGUUUAUGCAAAGAUUUGCUGUAAAGUAGAUUUCUCUCUCCUUCCUUACCACCUUACUGUAAAUAUUGUCGCCAAAUGUGUAACAUAUUAUAAAGAAUUUAUAAGGAUUUUUAAAGAUGUUUUGCUCAUUUAAAAAAGUGUUGUAACAGUGUUGAAUAAGCCUCCUGACCCCAAGUCCGCAUGUCUCCUUUCACUGUGUCCUUGACAUGCCUCCCUAGGCAACAACUAAGAUUUCCUGCUUCUGAAAAGUCCUGUCUUAAAAGUAUAGUCUAUAUCUUGGAAAUAAACGGACUUCCUCAAG